GCGCGUCCGAAGCCUUUUUCUUUCGCGGGCCCGCCCCUUCUUCUUCUUCUCUUUUUCUCUCGUCUGUCUCCACCCAGCCUCCUAUCCAUCUCACCUUUCACAAUGGCCGACUCGCAUUUCCUCAUCGACUUCUUGAUGGGCGGUGUUUCCGCCGCCGUCUCGAAGACUGCUGCCGCUCCCAUCGAGCGUGUCAAGCUUCUCAUCCAGAACCAGGAUGAGAUGAUCAAGCAGGGACGUCUCUCCCAGCGAUACACCGGUAUCGUUGACUGCUUCAAGCGCACUGCCGCUGAUGAGGGUGUCAUCUCUCUCUGGAGAGGUAACACCGCUAACGUCAUCCGUUACUUCCCCACCCAGGCUCUUAACUUUGCCUUCCGUGAUCGCUUCAAGGCCAUGUUCGGCUUCAAGAAGGAUGUUGAUGGAUACUGGAAGUGGUUCGCUGGUAACCUUGCCUCCGGUGGUGCCGCUGGUGCCACCUCGCUCUUGUUCGUCUACUCGCUCGACUACGCCCGUACCCGUCUUGCCAACGACGCCAAGUCCUCCACCAAGGGUGGUGAGCGUCAGUUCAACGGUCUCAUUGAUGUCUACAAGAAGACCCUCGCCUCUGACGGUAUUGCCGGUCUCUACCGUGGUUUCGGUCCCUCCGUCGUCGGUAUCGUCGUCUACCGUGGUCUCUACUUCGGUCUCUACGAUUCGAUCAAGCCUGUUCUCCUUGUCGGUGCCCUCGAGGGUAACUUCCUUGCCUCCUUCUUGCUCGGAUGGACCGUCACUACCCUCGCCGGUAUCGCUGCCUACCCUCUUGACACCAUCCGUCGUCGUAUGAUGAUGACCUCUGGCCAGGCUGUCAAGUACAAGUCUUCCUUCGAUGCUUUCACCCAGAUCGUUGCCACCAACGGUGUCGGCUCCCUCUUCAAGGGUGCUGGUGCUAACAUCCUCCGUGGUGUCGCCGGUGCUGGUGUUAUCUCCAUCUACGAUCAGCUCCAGCUCAUCCUCUUCGGAAAGAAGUACUCUGGUGGCUCUGGUUAAACUCCCUUAGCUUAGCUAGUCUUCCUUGAGAUUCUUCUUUUUGUUUUAUAGUUUGAAGUUACAAUGCAAUGAUACAUACGCUUCUUUUUCUUCAGAAUAAAGUAGUUUAAUAAAAUGAUUGUAUAAAAACUA